AUAAUAUUGAUGGUAAACGAAAAAGGUUUCGUCGCUGAAACAGAAAAGACGACUGGAAAACGUAUUUAUAAAUUAGCUCUUACAGGAGGUCCAUGUGGUGGAAAAACUACUGGUCAAGCCCGUCUUCGGACAUUUUUUGAAGGAAUCGGAUGGAAAGUGUACACUGUGCCUGAAACGGCUACUAUUUUACUGGGUGGUGGCAUAAAAUAUGCUGAAUUAUGUCAUGAAGGAGCAUAUAAAUUUCAAGAAGAUUUGCUGCUAACUUUAUUGAGAAUUGAAACGGUCUUCUUCAAUCAGGCAGAGUUGUCAAGUGCUGAUCGAGUCUUAGUUAUCUGUGAUCGUGGGGCUAUGGAUCCAUCAGCUUAUAUUGAUAAGGAAUCUUGGGCACAGUCACUGAAAGAAUUGAAUUUGGACCAAUUCAACCUGCGAGAAGCAGCAGAUGGUGCUGAGGAAUAUUAUUCUUUAGCAAAUAACGGUGCUCGAAGUGAAUCACUGAACGAAGCCAUAGAGCAGGAUCGACUCACUCGAGAUGCUUGGUUAGGACAUCCGCGUGUUGAUGUGAUCGAUAACAUUGGAUGUAAAUCAUUUGACGAUAAGAUCCUCAGAUUAAUCGCUGCUGUUUGCGAUAGGAUCGGUCUUCCGACUCAAGAUCGACUAGCCUUUAAUAGCAAGAAAAGAAAGUGGCUUAUUACAUCGAUUGCCGAGGAAUGCAUGCCGCGUUGUGAAGUUUUUAUGGUACGGCAUGAUUACUUGUGCACUGAAGAUGCGAGUAUUCAGAUUCGUUUACGUUCACGAAGUCAAAACGGCCGUACGACGUAUACUAUAACAACUCGGCAUUACGAUGGUCCAGAACCAGUAGAAACUCGAAUGCAGUUAAAUUAUCGAGAAUACAUGAGUUAUAUUACAAUGGGAGAUCAUUCUAGAGCACCCAUUAAUAAGGAGCGAAGAUGUUUCAUGUAUGGUAAACAGUACUACCAUUUGGAUAUAUAUAAGUCACCUUUACCACCAGCGUGUCAAGGAAAACCAUUAAUGCUGUUAGAAACGUAUACGACAGCUCCAGUAGCUGACAAAAAUGAGCCUCCAUUACCAAAUUUUAUGUCUGUUGCAAAAGAAGUUACUGGUGACUCCGCAUACAGUAUGUAUACGAUUGCUAAACUUGAUUCAAGAGCAGCUAAUGGAAGAUAA